AUGGAAACGUUGAAACCAACUCUAUAUCACCUGAGUGACUCUCAAUCUCAACGGAUCCUGUGGCUCCUCGAAGAACUUGAAAUACCCUAUGACCUUGUCCUUCACAAGCGAGUCGAGUCUGGCCCCAGAAAGCGAAGAGCGCCAGAAGAGCUGAAGCAAACACACUUUCUUGGGAAGAGCCCCCAACUAGCUACAGGCGAUGGGAGGGUCAUAGUCGAAUCGCUGGUCAUCGCGAGGUACUUGAUCGAGACAUAUGAUAAGGAGGGCAGAUUCAAGGGAGAGGGCGACUGGAUCCGUGACGAUGAACUGUGUAACAUUGCUGCCACAAGCAUAGGCAUCCCUAUGGUCACGGAAAUUCUGUUUAAGGCCAUGGCAACAAUGUCACCGUUCUUUGUCCGGCCUCUGGUUUCCUUGAUACACAGCGGGAUACACAAAGGAUACACUGGAGCGGAAUUAGAGUUGAACCUCAGGUAUCUGCAGGAACAGCUUGGUUCUUCGGACUACUUUGGGGGUACGUCCCCAUCCAGGGCUGACUUCAUUAUCUCGUGGCCGGCGGACAACUGUGUCCAGAACAACAUCAUCGACUUCUCCAAGUUCCCUAGCUUGGCCAAGUGGCAUCAGAGGUGCCAAAACCGUGCUGCAUGGAAACGCGCUCUCGAGAAGGGGAACGGUUACGAUUUGAGAUUGUGA